AAUUUGCGUGGGAGAUUUAUCUUCUCAAGGUCGUGCCCAAUGUUAAUCCUCAUACUUUCGUUUUUAUUGUCGCCAGUUUCAGCUUUAGAUAUCUCUGGUUACACGCUUGAACAUAGGUUCAGGGAGAAUGGGGCUUUCAGUCAAAUGGAUGGAACUUCGAUUAAAUCAUCAUCUGGAGUUCUAACUUUAGUUUCCGGCGGUCACGUCUUUUCAACUGAUGAAAAACAGCAGCUGCAGGAGUCUGCAAGGGCCGGGUACAUGUAUAGCGUUCGUAUGCCUGCUAAAAACGAAGAAUAUAUCGAAGCUUCGAUUCGUUCGUGCCAAAUUAUUGCUUCUAGGAUGAGACUAAAGCUCACAGUUAGCGUUAAUGACGCCGGGGACCCAAUUGCAAUACAUAUGAGCACUCCGAAGUACGAUUGCUCAUAUGACAUUUCUGAGAGUUUUAUGAACCUCCCAGAUUUAUCUAUCAGUUUAGCAUUGCAAAAACCAAAAUUAGGACCAAGUCCUGAAACUGCAAAGUAUCUAGAGAAACUCGAGAAGCAACGCGAAGAAAUGGCUCGUGCUGAGCAAAGUGACAAUCGUUCUUUCUUUGCUAAAUAUUGGACCUACAUUAUUCCAGCAGUUUUCUUAUUCAUCCUGUUCUCCAGUAUGCAAGAUCCUAAUGCAGCUGGAGGAAAUAUUGGGGGUGGUAAUCAACAGUAG